CAGCACUUUCUAUGUUAUAAUCGAGUUAAUUGUGCGGUUUAUUUCUUUGACUACUUUUCUGUAGUCGCUUACCAUGAAAGGGCAUUCAAAAAUAGUUAGUAGCCUUACUCACCUACAGCAGGUAAACAGGAAGUCGCUACAGUCGCAGGGGAGACACGCCCGCCGAUACUAAACUCCCGGAAAAGGUCUGUUAUGCUCCAUUGGAGUCAUAUAGACAGGCGACCUAUACUAAUCGGAUAUACAUUUGUGACCGGAGAGGAGAAUUCUUUUCAAAACACUAGAAGACAUUUUUCUUUUCAUUCAUUCUUCACCUGAUUCUUGUAGCCUAUAGACUUUUUUUUGCGCACAGGUUGAAUUCGUUGACAAACAAGAUAGGCAUCACUUAGCGACCAGGCCUGCAGGUUCACCUCGACGAACAGCCAGUGGACAGCUACUGUAAAUCAACGAAUUAAUCAAAAAGAGAAAAGAAAGAAGCAGUUAAGGUGUUUGAGGGCGUUUUGGUUUUAGAUUUCUAACAGCCUAUCCAGGCAUUGACCCCUGAUGGACUACAUGGACAGUGGACUGAGAUACACCCCUCAAUCGGACAAAGACUGGGACACCUCUGUCCAGUUUCUGCCAGCAUCAGAUAACAAAAGGCUUGAGAAGAAAAAGGGUCCGGGGAAAGUUGGAGCUGUGAUCGGUGUGGUGAUCUUUGCUGCUGUUAUUGCACUUAUUACCGGACUGCUGGUCUGGCAUUUCCACUUCCGAAAAGAUGCGUGGGUCAAGAGGAUGUACAGUGGCUCCAUGCGGAUCACCAACCAGGCGUUUGAUGAUGCCUACGAGAACUCCAACAGCUCCGAGUUCAAGGCGCUGUCAAAAAAGGUGGUUUCACAGCUUAAAGCCAUCUAUUCCAAAAGUCCACACUUGGCCAAAUACUAUGUUGGUUCAACAGUUCAGGCUUUCAGUGAAGGCAGCGUAAUUGCCUACUACCUGUCUGAGUUUAAAGUCCCUGUGGGCCAAGAGGCAUCUGUUAACCGCGCGAUGUCUACAGUGGACACGCUGGUGGACAAAGAGCGACGAAGCAUGGCGAAAUCUGGCAACUCUCUGGUCCUUGAUGAAGUGGUGACGUCAGCGCUUGAUACCCGCAUGCUGUCACCGUCUUUCAGCAAAAUUUUAAAGUUUUCAGAACAUGCAAGGACUGAUCAAAUAGGACAGAUCCAAUCCCCAGGCUUCCCUGACAGUCCUUAUCCCCCAAACACCUUCAUCCAGUGGCAGCUGAGGGCAGACCCUAACUAUGUCAUCAAGCUUGACUUUGAUAAGAUUCAUCUGGAAGCGAAUUGCAAGAAUGACUUUGUCAAAAUCUACGACUCCCUGGUGGCCCUUGAGAGUCGCGUUAUGGAAGAGAUGUGUGGGUACUACGUACCUAGUCAACAAAUGACCUUUCUGUCUUCUCGCAAUGUCAUGCUGGUGACGAUGGGUUCAAAUGACAAGAACAACUACCCGGGUUUUAGAGCAAAAGUCUCACAAGUCAGAAAAGGAAAUAAAGGUACAGCCUGCGGUGGCCAGCUGACAGGAGUGACAGGCACCUUCUCUUCUCCCAACUUUCCAACUUACUAUCCUCCUCAAAUAUCAUGUCAGUGGUCGAUCGAGGUCCCUGUUGAUAAAGUGGUGAAGGUUACAUUCCUAAGGUUCGUCUUGGAAAACAGUACGGACUGUCGCAAAGACUAUGUGGAGAUCAACGGAAAGAAACUGUGUGGAAUUAAGCGGGACAGAACAGUGACGGAAACUAGUAACACCAAUACAAUGACCGUGAAGUUUUCCUCUGAUACCUCCUAUGUGGACCGAGGUUUUAGUGCAGAGUUUGAGGCCAUUGACAAUAACGACCCUUGUCCACAGCAGUUCCAGUGUAAUAAUAAGCGCUGCAUUAGUACAAAGCUAAAGUGUGAUGGCUGGAAUGACUGUGGAGACAUGAGUGAAGAAUUAAACUGCAAGUGCAAUUCAACGGAUAUCAGCUGUAAAAAUGGAUUUUGUAAACCCAUGUUCUGGAAAUGUGAUGGUGUAAAUGACUGUGGAGAUGGCACAGAUGAGCUGGACUGCGGUGGAUGUAAAUCUGGACAAAUAACAUGUAAGAAUAGCAAAUGUGUUUCUGAGAAGAAUCUCUGUGACGGCAGGGACGACUGUGGGGAUGGGUCAGAUGAGCUCAACUGUGCGAGAAGUGAGACAAGCUGCAAUGAUCUUACAUUUAAAUGUAAAAACAAUAAAUGCAUUAGUAAAGUGAACCCAGAGUGUGACGGGACAAAGGACUGUGAAGAUGGAUCUGACGAGGAGAAUUGCGACUGCGGGAGGAGUAUGUUCAAGACGUCGCGUAUUGUGGGCGGUGAGAAAGCGGAUGAAGGGGAGUUUCCCUGGCAGAUCAGCCUCCAUGCGAAAAGUUAUGGUCAUGUGUGUGGAGCAUCCAUCAUCAGUCCACGUUGGCUGGUCACUGCUGCCCACUGUGUGCAAGAUGACGGCAGGACGAGAUUCUCCCAGCCCGGCACUUGGGAAGCUUUCCUUGGCCUUCACACCCAGGGGAAGAUUGGAAGUGCUGUAGUGAAGAGAAACCUGAAGCAGAUCAUACCCCACCCUAACUACAACCCACACACAUUUGACAAUGACAUCGCCCUGAUGGAGCUGGACAGUCCUGUCAUCUACUCCGACUACAUCAGACCCAUCUGCUUGCCGGCUACCCAACAUGAUUUUCCAAGCGGUAAUACUGUGUGGAUCACUGGUUGGGGCGCCACUCGCGAAGGAGGAUCUGCUGCAUCAGUGCUCCAAAAGGCGCAGGUACGAAUCAUCAACCAAACGGUGUGUAACGAUUUGAUGGCAGGGCAGAUCACAUCUCGGAUGAUAUGUGCUGGAGUGCUGACCGGAGGAGUGGAUGCCUGUCAGGGGGACUCUGGUGGUCCUCUGUCCAGUCCGGCUGGCAGUCGUAUGUUCCUGGCAGGAGUGGUCAGUUGGGGUGAUGGAUGUGCCCGCAGAAACAAACCUGGAAUCUACACAAGAGUCACCAAAUUCCGUGGCUGGAUCAAAGAAAAGACAGAAGUGUAGACCACUGCAGAUUGGUCAAACACGGCCAAGGAUUUGGACAUGAACACCGACUGAUGACGAGUACCACAGUACAAAUCUUGCUUCAGUAAAACACCACACUGACUUUUGAGUUAAUGUAAUGGCAUUGACUCCCUGUCGAAGCUGCAGUGAGAAAUUUGAGCAAUCUUAACAUUUUAUGUCCACUGUAAUUUUUAUGAGUGUGGGGUUCAUAAAAUGUUUUUAAAUGUAAAUAAAUCUCUUAUUUUUGUGGGGGGUUUUGCUGCUGUUAUUUUAGCAUGUCUUCCUGGAGAAAACUUUUAUGUGCCACACAAGAAAUAGACUGUAGAUGUGAUUGGUACACAUAUGAAAUGUGCAUUAUUGUACUCUGUCUUGUGUUUUAUUAGUAGCCAUCAUAAGAAUUUCCCACCGCUUUUCCUUGUUGUGUUUGCUCUCAAUUUUAUAAAUUGAAAACAAAAUGACAACAAGCUUAUUCCAUCCUACCUCCUAUGGCUUGGUAUCUCCUGCAUUUUAUUGAUUUUUUUUUUUAGUCAAGCAGAAAUCCCUGAGAAGUUAGUGAUGUAAUUAUUCACUUUUAAAAGCACAGCUCUUCUCAUAAUGGAUUGCAGUAAAUUUAAAGUGAUGUGAACUGCUUUUCUAUAAGCAAUAAACACAGACUAAAAUAGUAGGUUUUCUUUAAAUUUAAUAUUUGACGUUUUUCAAUUCAGCACAAUAUUAGGGUCCCUCCAGUGUAAUCUGUGUAAAUGUGUAUUUUUAGUAGAUGUUUUUAAAUAAAAAUAUUUCUAAUAUAACCUCCAA